UGUCCUCGCUCUGACUAAAGGAUCGUUAGCUUCUCGUUUUGAGUGUUUUGCUUCAACAGAAACCUUCGACAAAAUGAAAUUCGUUGCAGUGUUUGCCUUCCUGUGCCUGGCCGGUCUGUGCAUCGCCGAAGAAACCUCGAUUGUGGCUGACGAUAAGGAGAUGAACGUCGAUGGAAGCUACAACUUCCGGUACGAACAAUCGGAUGGCCAGAAACGUGAGGAAAAGGCCGAACUGAAGACAUCGGAAACGAAUCCGGACGUGCAAGCCAUCUCCGUGAGCGGAUCGUACGAGUACACGGAUACCGAUGGCAAGCGAUACCUCGUCACGUACACGGCCGAUGAGAAUGGUUACCGUCCGAUGGUGAAGCAGCUGUAAGUGGGCACCGGGCCCCUCAAACAUACCAAUAGGAAUGGUUUAGCUUUAGAAGAGUGAUUUGUGGAUGAAAUAAAGA